GGGAAAGUAUUUUGAGAUGUCGGAGCGUCUUGUUGGACCAGAAUCAUGGUCCAAGUCUGGGAUGCUGAGGCUCGGGGCGGUGCGGCCCAUCGAGGCAGAGGCUCUGGUGGCCCUGCUGGAGGGCGGACUGGACCGGGUGGUGCUGAUUGACAGCCGGCCCUUCGUGGACUACAACGCCUCCCACAUCCUGGAGGCGGUGAACGUGAACUGCUCCAAGCUGAUGAAGAGGAGGCUGCAGCAGGACAAAGUCCAGAUCACAGAGCUGCUGCAGCACUCUGCCAAGAAGAAGUUGGAGCUGCAGGGUGAUCAGGAGGUCGUCGUAUACGAUCAGAGUUCUUCAGACCCGACUGCUCUCAGUUCCGAGUCGUUCCUCAGCGUCCUAUUGGUUAAACUCGAGAGGAGCUUCCCCUCCGUACACCUGCUCUCAGGUGGUUUCUCAGAGUUCUCCCACCUGUUUCCUGGUCUGUGCGAGGGGAAGUCCACUCUGGUUCCCUCCUGUAUCUCUCAGCCCUGCCUGCCGGUCACCAACAUCGGGCCGACCCGCAUCCUGCCUCACCUGUACCUGGGCUGCCAGAGGGACGUCCUCAACAAGGAUCUGAUGCAGCAGAACGACAUCGUCUACGUCCUGAACGCCAGUAACACCUGCCCCAAACCUGACUUCAUCCCAGAGUCUCACUUCCUGAGAGUUCCUGUUAACGACUCCUUCUGUGAGAAGAUCCUGCCCUGGUUGGACAGAUCGGUGGAGUUCAUAGAGAAGGCUAAAGCCUCCAACGCUCGGGUCCUGGUUCACUGUCUGGCUGGAAUCUCCCGCUCAGCCACCAUCGCCAUCGCCUACAUCAUGAAGAGGAUGGACAUGUCGCUGGACGAGGCGUACAGGUUUGUGAAGGAGAAGAGGCCGACCAUCUCUCCCAACUUCAACUUCCUGGGGCAGCUGCUGGACUUUGAGAAGAAGAUCAAAAGUCCUCACGGUGCUGAAACUAAACUGAAGUCCCUCCAUCAUCCGGAGUCCUGCAGUGAUUUCCCCGCUCAGCCCGAGGACCCGGAGCCCCUGGCGUGUCAGGAGGCCCCCGUGGGUCCCGGCCUGGCCCUGCUGGAGCCCCUCACCCUGCCCUGUGUUUUAGCCAACGCCCCCGAGGAGCGUCUGCUUGCUCAGGCUCUGAGCGGCCUGCAGCUCGCCGACGGGCCUGAAGACAACGCCCGGCUGAAGCGCUCCUUCUCUCUGGACAUCAAGUCGUACGGCGAGCCGGGCGGGAGCGCUUCUCACCGAGUGUUCGUCCCUCACGGCGGAUCAGGAGACGCCGCCGAGUUCUACAAACCGUCUGCCUUCAAAGAGCCGACCAGUAAACCGUGCCAGUUCUCCCCGGUGGAGGAGGUUUCAGAGCAGUCCACUCCGGAGCAGAGCCCCGACAAGGAGGAGGCCGACGGGCCGAAGCGAGUCUCGCCGCCGGCCUCCAGCGGCUUCGUCAAACCUCCGCCCGCCGCUCCGAACUGUUCGCACCAGCUGCACCGGAGCGGCAGCAUGGAGGAGAACGCCACCAGCUUCCUGUUUGGCCUCUCCCGCAGCCAGCAGCAUCUGGCCAAACCGGGAUCCGGCGGGGCCCUGAAAGGCUGGCACUCAGACAUCCUGCUGGGCCCCGUCACCGUCUCCACCUCCUCCCUGGCCGCUGGCUGGUACCUCUCCCCUGACUCCACUCGCUUCUACUCAACCUCUGCCAUCUUGAGCGGCGCCGGCGGCAGCUUCGCGGCCUACAGCUGCAGCCAAGGCCUGGAGGCGGUGCGGCGGCGCAGCCGGCAGAGGACGAGCGACCGCGGGGACUCGAGGAGGAGCUGGCACGAAGAGAGCAGCUUCGAGAAGCAGCUGAAGAGACGCAGCUGUCAGAUGGAGUUUGGAGACGGGAUGACAGACAGCAGAUCCAGAGAGGAGAUGGGGAAGGUGGGGAGUCAGUCGAGCUUCUCCGGCAGCAUGGAGAUCAUCGAGGUGUCCUGAAACUGACCCGGGGACAGUUUCACAAGUCUCACAGGAUGAGACGGACCAAAGCGGCUUCAUCUUUACUGACGCUUCAGCGUCGUGGAGAUAACGUGCAACACGCCUCAGCCGCCCCACUGAGCGUCAACAUCACACAGGAGCUGCGGUUCAGAGAUCAGCUGGAUGUUUUCUAAUCACCUCAUUCGCCCAAAUAUAAACCAGUACAUUUUACACAUACACCAGCUGUUCUUUUUGAGAGUGUUGCAUUCUGGGCUGUUUUUAGCCUUGACGUUGCUAGGCUACCAUGUUUGUUCAGCUCUGUUUUUAGCGAGGCUGUUGGAGUGAAUCAGCCCUGAAAGUGUUGAGUUAGUUCAGUUUAACCUGCAGGAGUUUCUACACGUUUGUCAACAUGAGACGAGUCUGAAAGUGUUUCCAAAUACCGAGAGGUUAUAAAGUGCAGCUCAUCACCGUCGCACACUGACAGACUAAGGGUCCGAUAAAACACCAGCAGCUGCUGAAAUCAUCUAAAUGUCCUCUGAAAGUAUUUUACUAAAGGAAAAGCCCUUAAAACAUCAAAAAAAAACAAUCUCCUUAACUUUAAAGCAAUUAAUAACAGACAGGUCCAGGUCAUCAGUUCAACACGUGGGACAAGGAGCAAUUCAUUGAGGAGAAGCUGAAGCUUUAUGGGUAGGCUACUACUGUUAGCAUGAGGGCUAAUAUGCACGAGUAUUACUAGAAGUCGCUGUAUCAUAGAGGUUCACAGGCCACACAGACACACUCGUAAAAUCUGAAUUAAUCUAGCUAUCUAAACCGAUACAGGGGUCGGAUCUUUUUUUUUAAGCCAUUACACGGCGGGCCAGAACUUAGUCAAAUGAUAAUUUAAAAGUAGUUAGUGUGUCUGGUUAGCUCAGUCAGUAGUGCCUGUUUCACAUGCUCACAAUAAAGCGUGUGCGUCCCAAAAGAUUUGUUUUAAUUUCCCCAGCCCGUCACGUUUCCUGAUGACCAUUUCAGAGGAUUGUGCCUACAAAACCUUCAUUCUGUCGGCACAGUAAAGAGGAAGCGAUUCAACUGUUGCCGUCCUGACGGAGAUCUAUUUCAGCACCAGCUGCUAUCAAAGUCUAAGUUUUGGCCCGGGGGCGGUUAGAUUCCUGCACUGGCCUCAGAUCCAGGCCGCUACCCGUGUUUUAUCCCCCUCCCCAUAACACAGCCAAUACUACUGCUGCAGCCGUUAAAACACUUUUUUGUUUUUAAAGGCAGACUGGUGAAGAUGAAGCGGCCAGCAGCCGACAGUGUCUGUUUAAACGUUUAUUAAUUAGGCAUUUUUGGCAAAGUGAGGCAGACUGCUGCCAAACGCUCGCACGGGUCCAGAUCAUCAGCAUGCAGAAACCCAAAUCUAAACACGCAGGUUGUCUUACCUAACACCAAGGCUUCACCACGGAACGAGUCCGCUCCCAAACGAAUAACAAGGCAGCCAGAAAAGGCCUCUGUGUGAGUGCCAGCAGACUGUAUUGUGUCAUCAGUGUGAUAAAACGUCUCUUAAUCUUUGUUUUGCCAUCUGUAACUUCACGGAUAUCUAAAACAGGCCCAAUGCAUUUAAGGGGGCCCCCUGUUGCCUUAAGAGUCUCGUGGCCCGUUUAAAGUUCUUCUUUCUGCAUUAAAGCCUGAAAAAGUAAAACGAGUCCAAAGACGAGUGGGUUUCAGUUCUCGCAGGUUUUUCAAUUAAUCAAAUUACUCUGAGAAGUCCCGGCGCUGUCGUUCCCACUGAACACGCUCUGAUUUCUGUCCUGGAUGUCUUGUUGUGUGACUCUUCUGUACGGAUGAUGAAGGAUACUAAGACUAAUAAGUUCACAGCAGACACACUGAAUGAUGAUGAUGAUUUCUGACGGACGCCAUCCUCGGUGAACAUAAAACAACAUUUUAAUAAUAACGAACAUAAUGAAAGCAGCAGAUCUUCACAUUAAACACUGAUGAUUUCCAAUGAGACACUUUGUGAUGGGACAGAGGAUCAGGAACUCUCCGAUGUGUGUUGCAGAAAACUCUUUUCUGAAAGUAUUUCUUUUUAUUUUAUUUUUUUUAAAGGACGACAGACAUUUUCCCUGACGGACUCUGAGCCUUUGAACGUCUCGUCUGGUUUGUGGAGGAGCUGCUCGUCGUCUGUUCGGAUCCUUCAGACGCGAUGAAACUUUGUCCUGUCGACGUUGAAUCCUCACUUUUGCUUUUUCAGAGUUUUGAAGCAGCUCGUUGACACAAACCAUCUCAGGUGUGAUUUGAGCUGAACAGAAACAGGUAAAAGACGCAGCUGUGCGGGGGAUCGUCGCCACGGAGCACAGCAUGUCGUUGUGAUGUGAAUAAAAGAGGCUGGGACUCUUGUUCAGAGCGCUCGGACGUCGGUUUGAUUGAAUCGCAGACGGAGACUCGCAGACGUGUUCACGGUUCAUGUUGCACUACUGUGGUGAUGAGAAUUGAUUUCAUUAAAAAUGUAUAAAAGCAAAGUAAAAGAACAA